GAUAUUACGAUUGUCCUUUCUAGAUAACUCUGCUUUCACUCAAAAAUGCUCGUGACAAAAGAGUGGAUUGUUUUCCUGACUGUGGCUGUCGUUAUUAAUUCUGAAAGACUUUGCUUUGACGAGCGCUGCUUUGUGCUCCCUCUAACUCCCAUCAAUCGAACCCAUUUAGCAGAAUGUGGAUGUGGUCUAUUGCUUUCUGGAAUGGAUCAUCUCACUAACAUUAUUAGCUUUAAUGCUAGCACUUGCUCGGUUGAGUUUAGCGAUGGUCUUGGUUUCAAAACUGCAACAGCAUCGCUCAAAGGUCCUGAUUACCGAUGGCCUCCCGUGGUCGUCGAGGAUGAGGCAAUAGAUAAAGGACUUUAUGGCUCGAUAAAUGUUUUCAAAGAUUCAUGUGAUAUAUACCCCGGAGGUAACAUGUGGAUCGCGGACAACAGAGAAAGAAAAUUUGUCUGGGACCUUGGAACGCUCUUCAAUAUCACGAAAGUAUACUUUCGCAAUUCUAGGAACAGUGGAACUAAUGACAGGCAUGUUAUUGACUUCAAGGUGUCUGUUUCGAGAUAUUAUGGCAACUUGGUCAAUUGGAUUGAUGUCCUCAGCGUCCAGGAUCUACCUCAUCCGUUGCCUUGCGAUCCUAUUCGACAAUAUGAGGUUAAUGCAACCAUUGGCAGAUUUAUUAAAUUUACGUCUUUAAAGUCCUACAGUGUUGGAUCUGCUGUGCAUUACUUUAGAGUAUAUUAAGAAACCAACGAUCGACUGAAUAUUCUGGACGUACUGUCCCCAUAAAUCUGCCGAGGAAUGUGAACGAAGACCACGAUCUAAAGUAUUGAGGACACCAAUUAUUCGGCUCGUUCGAAUAAUUUUUUUUUCAAAAAUAUGAAGUUUCAAAUUUGAACUUGAAAUAAAAGUAAUAUCUUAGACCAA